CUCGUCUCUCUCUCGCACACCGUCUUCGAGAUCCCCCCCGGAAUCCUCUGCAACAGCAGAUGCCCUAGCCCCACACAACACUCCAUCCCCACUCCACAACAAUGGCGACCGACGAUCCUCCGUCGUGCAACUGGCUGGAGCUCCCCAGGGAGAUCGCGACGACGAUUUUCCUGAAGCUCGGCGCCGAGGAGAUCCUCACGACCGUGCAGAAGGUGUGCACAUCCUGGCGCUCCAUCUGCAAGGACCCCGCCAUGUGGCGAUCCAUCGACAUGCGCACCGCGGGGGACCCCACGGACAUGGACCACGACCUCGAGGCCAUGUGCCGCCACGCCGUCGACCGCAGCCACGGCGGCUGCGUCGACAUCAACGUCGAGUACUUCGGCACCAACGAGCUCCUCUGGUACACCACCGACCGGUGCAAUCAUAUUAGACGUCUGCGACUUGUAUUUUGCAUUGACAUUUCAGAUGAGGGUCUGUCUGAAGCAGCCACAAAACUUCCUUUGCUGGAGGUCCUUGAAUUAUCUUAUUGCUCGUUCUCGAAGGAAGCCCUAGAGACUGUUGGCCAAUGUUGUCCUCUUCUGAAGUCCUUCAAAUUGAAUAGGCAGGGAUAUAGAUAUCCGCACAUAGAAUGUGAUGACGAGGCACAAGCUAUAGCAAAAAACAUGCAUGAAUUACGCCACCUCCAACUGUUUGCGAAUAAGAUGACAAAUGAAGGUCUGAAGGCGAUUCUCGAUGGUUGUCCUCAUCUUGAGUAUCUCGACUUGCGCCAGUGCUUCAAUGUUAAUCUGGGGGGUAAUUUGGGGAAAAGAUGCACUGAACAGAUCAAAGAUUUAAGGCGUCCAUGUGACCCCACAGAUGACUACGAAUUUGAUGCUGCAAUUCAUGAUGCCGAGUCCUCUGAUGAUGAUGAUGAUGAUGAUGAAGAAUCUGAGUUUUCCUUUGAUAAUCAGUACGUAUAUGAGUUUGAUGACCUCGAUUUGUCUGAUGAUGAUAACUACCCUGAAUUCUCUGAUUGGGACGGCUUCACUAUAUAUGGGGAUGGCUAUGAUUAGGGGUUUGCUGGUUGACGCACUUGCAUGGCGAGGAUUCUUUAUGGUUGCUAAGACUUCGUACCAUGCUUCAAGACAGAGAUGGUUGAGUGGCCAUCCUGCACGCCUUCUGGUGCAGCUUUUGAACCUAAACUUCGCAAGUGGGAGUCUUUCCUAUUUUGUUGAUGAAGAAAAGCGCUCACAGAUGGUAACUCCCCAAGAAGUGCAUGCUUUUGUUCCCUUUGUUCAAGUCUCUGCAUUUUCUUCUCCAGAACGUGUUUUGUGACUAUGAGCUAUCUUUCCUGCAUAUAGUUCUAGUGCCUAGUCUUAUUUUGGUAUCUGUGACAUUGGUGUGUUAAGUGCAGCUGGGCAUAAUGAUGAACUCUAUAGCUGAUAAUCCGAUAUUGGGCAUCAUUGUGCAGUUUUGUAUAAAAUUCACAAUAUGUUACUUAAAAUGUUAAUCAAAGAAUAGCUUUAGUCGUUCCCAUCUAUGAGGAUCUUGUAAUGUUAAAUGUAGCAGCAAGUUGCUUUGCUUGUC